GCCGCCGCUGCAGUCAUGGCUGCUGAUGGGGUGGACGAACGCUCGCCUCUGCUGUCAGCAUCCCAUUCGGGAAAUGUCACUCCCACGGCCCCGCCGUACUUGCAGGAAAGCAGCCCCAGAGCGGAACUCCCCCCUCCAUAUACAGCCAUUGCCAGUCCUGAUGCCACUGGUAUUCCAGUAAUUAACUGCCGUGUGUGCCAGUCUCUCAUCAACUUGGAUGGCAAGCUUCACCAGCAUGUGGUUAAGUGCACGGUUUGCAAUGAAGCUACGCCAAUCAAAAACCCCCCAACAGGGAAGAAAUAUGUUAGAUGCCCUUGUAAUUGUCUCCUCAUUUGUAAGGACACAUCUCGGCGAAUAGGAUGUCCGAGUCCUAACUGUAGAUGCAUAAUUAACCUUGGCCCAGUAAUGCUUAUUUCUGAAGAACAACCAGCUCAACCUGCAUUGCCAGUCCAACCAGAAGGUACAAGGGUCGUGUGUGGGCAUUGUGGAAACUCGUUCCUGUGGAUGGAACUGAGGUUCAACACUCUGGCAAAAUGCCCACACUGCAAAAAAAUUUCCUCAGUGGGUAGUGCGCUUCCACGAAGACGCUGCUGUGCAUAUAUUACCAUUGGGAUGAUAUGUAUUUUCAUUGGAGUUGGAUUAACUGUUGGCACCCAAGAUUUUGCAAGGCGAUUUCAUGCAACCUAUGUUUCUUGGGCAAUUGCUUAUCUCUUAGGUUUGAUCUGUCUUAUCCGAGCUUGUUACUGGGGAGCCAUAAGAGUGAGUUAUUCAGAACAUAAUUUUGCCUAA